AUGUGGAUUGGUGGGCGCAAGGGGAGGAUAGGCCUUCAAGGUGGAAGCCCUGGAAAUGUCCGCGCCCAUUCCGGGGACCUGCCCAUUGCUCCGGAGUCUGGCGGUGCAGGGCCCGGGCGUCGAAAUCUCUACGCCAUGUUGCUGAAAGGUGCAGGAGAAGGUGUGGCAGGCGCUCAUUUGGAAGUGAAGACCAACGCCUGGAAGAGCGCCUCCAAUUUCGUGGUCGGCCAACAGGGUGCUGUGCAACCGCCUCGUGCUCCUCCACCGGACUUCCCGCCAUGGGUUCACGUCGACUCCCAUUUGUGCUACAAGGCGACUUCCGGGAAGACUCUUGAGGUCAUUGUAAAAGAGAUCUCAGUGGAAAAGGGCAGUGUGAAGAUUGUGUUUGCAGAGAACGAGAAGAUUUGGAAGACCAUCCCUAUCAGCACUAUCACCAGCAAGGACAAUCCAUUGCUGGGCCAGUGGGGCACAGAGCAACGUGAUCGCAGCCGUUCACCUGCUCGCUGA